CCCAGCUUGUGCGCGCCGCGGGCGCUCGCGAUCGCACCAGUGCUUAUCGGGCUGCCGGCAGCCCGCAUCGUCCGCAGCAAAGAAGCCGAGCGCCCGACGCUCGAGGGAGCUGCCUGCCCCAGCCAGAAAAAAAAACAAACACAGCCAAAAUGCCCAGCUUAAGCAGCUUCAUGAAGAGCCCGCCGCGGGCCGAGCGCAAGAAGGCGAGCCCGCCUCCUUCCUCACCAGGAGGGCACGACAUGUUCAGCCCCGGGCCGUCGUCCACCCGAAAGCGGCGGCCGAGCCAGGACGACGCGCUCCCGCCGGUCGAUGAAAACGAUGACGCGGACCCGUUGCGGAGGGACGUGCGCGUGGGGCCUGGAAGGAUUGGCGUCAUUUUUGAGGACGUGGCGCGGGGCGUCGGGGCGAGGGUGGCCGUUGUUACAAGAGAGUCGCCUCUGCAAGGAAUCGUCGACGCCGGCUGGAUUAUUACGAGUGUGAACGGCGUCGACGUCACGGGUGUUGGGGCUGCUGCGGCUGAGGCUGUGGUCGAGAAGCGGGGCGACCAAGCGCGGCGGUUGAUCUUCGAGGCGCCGCGCGGGGUCGACGAGGUGCGGGAAAUAGCUCUUGAGAAAAAUGCUUUGCAAGAUGUAGGAGCUGCGUUAGCACCCGAUGUCAAACCGCCGACGCUGGAAACGGUGCCGCCCGGAACACUGUUGGGACGGGUGGCGCCCGGUUCUAGAAUAGUAUCGGUGGACGGCGUGGACUUGACGGGUCUGGACGCGCGGGAAGCUCGCAUGGUCUUCGGCAAAUUGACAGGAACGGCCUUCGCGCUGCGGUUCGUGACGCCGGCGGUCACGCCCGUGCUCUUGGACUCUGUCGACUUCUUCGACGAAAAAACGUUUGACUCCUCAAAAGCCGCCGCGAGCGCCUGGUGCGAGCAUUCCGGCGUGGUGUUGGCCUCCGUCGAGACGGUCAAUCGGGGGCGGCAGGGCGACCGUAUCCGAUUAUGGUACAACAAGCUCGAUCGUCGGAACCUGCGGCCCGCGGUCGCGCUCGCCGUGGAAGAGCACUCCCAGGGCAUCCGCCCGUCCUCCGUUGCCUUUGGUGGGGACCUGCCGCGGCCGCCUCCCCCGACGCCGCCGCGCGACUCGCCGGGCGACUCGCCGGGCCGCCGCGCGGUGAAGAAGGUCGUGUCGAUCUUCUCGUCGCCCACGAAGGUCGACGAGGAGGUCUAGGUCGUUUUUAACUUCUUCGUUUUAGUCA